GUUUCAGUAGAGUACCAAUAUGGUUCAGGUAAGAAUUAGCGACGGCAUUUUAGAAGGAGAGGUGAUCAACAACGAGUAUGGGGGAAAGAUAUUCAGCUUCAAAGGCAUUCCAUACGCACAGCCUCCUCUAGGAGACCUCAGGUUCAAGGCCCCUUUGCCACCAAAACCUUGGAGCGGAGUGCGAGAUGCUAAGAAAUUAGGAGAUUCAUGUCAACAAUACGAUGCUUUCUUUCUUAGAAAGUUCGUUGCUGGAAGCGAAGACUGCUUAUACCUCAAUGUAUUCUCUCCGAAUAUAACACCGUCCAAACCGCUGCCGGUCAUGGUUUGGAUUCACGGAGGAGGUUUAACAAGCGGAAGUGGUUCCGAUCAGAUGUACGGACCAGAUUACUUAGUAAGAAAUGAUGUUAUUCUCGUCACACUUAACUAUAGACUCGACGUUCUCGGAUUUCUUUGCCUGGACACGGAAGACGCAGCGGGUAAUGCCGGCAUGAAAGAUCAGGUUGCUGCACUUAGAUGGGUACAAAAGAAUAUAAGCAACUUUGGAGGAGAUCCUAACAACGUUACAAUUUUCGGAGAAAGUGCCGGAGGUGUGAGUGUUUCCUUCCACCUUUUGUCACCUAUGAGCAAAGGAUUGUUUAAGAGAGCCAUACCACAAAGUGGACAGGCUAUCACUUGUUGGGGAACUAAUUUUAGGACUACAGAAAGAUCAUUCCAAUUAGCUAGGGAACUAGGAUGUACUUCAAAAGACGUAAACGAAGUAUUGAAAUUUUUAAAAGCACAACCUGUUGACGCACUUAUUAAUAAAUACGUCACAGUAACGUAUCUGGAAACAAACAAAGCAGCUUUUAUGGUGCCCUUUAGUGUAACUGCGGAAAAACAAUUUGGAAACAACGAACGGUUCAUGGCUAGCGAAGCUAUUGAAGUAUUACGUAAUUCUGGUAUACAUGAAGGUGUGGAUAUUAUGGAAGGCUACACUGACGAUGAGGGAGUUUUAUUCAUGGGAGGAUGCGGUCAAAACCUCCCAAAAAUGUUCUCCCAAUCGAAUAAGUAUCCCGAAUUUUUCGUACCGAGACCAAUCGCUUUACAUUGUCCUUUAGUCGAUCAAAUAGAAGUAGGCAAAAUGAUAAAGAAUUACUAUUUUAAAGAUGAGGACGUUUCUAUGGACAACUGGUUCUCGUUGCAACAGUAUGUUGGUACUGAAUACUUUAAGUAUCCCACAAUCCUAUUUCAAAAAAUGUGUGCAAAAAGAGGCAAAAAUAAGGUUUACCUUUAUUCAUUUACCUGCAAAUCAGAAUUGAAUAUUUUCAAGCGCGUAAUGGGAGUCGAAGAUGUCGUGGGAGAUAGGGAUGUAGCCUGUCAUUGUGAUGAACUUCCCUAUAUGUUCCCUAUGAAAAUGUUCACCGCAAAUGACCCAAAUAUCCAUAUUCCACGAGUCUUCAAACUAAUAGACCAAGUAUCAAAACUUUGGACGAAUUUUGCUAAAUACGGUAACCCAACACCCGAUGAAAGUCUCGGCGUUAUUUGGAAACCAUACUCUCUAGAAGGCCAGGACUAUUUGGACAUCGGUACUAAUUUAGUGGCCGGUACUGCACCAGACAAGGAUGAACUGGAAUUCUGGGAACGCAUUUUUAAGAAAUAUUGUCCAAAGUAUGCGCCAUGAAAUGUAAUACUGUAAUCAAAAUGUUUGCAAAGUCUUCGAUGUCUCAAUAAAUGUUGGUUUUUAUUCAAUAAA